UCGAAUCCAGGUGAAAACCCAAAACUUUAGCUACCAUGGAAUCUGCCCAGGAGGAUUGGUCCAAUUUCGAUCCGAUAGCCAAGGAUUACUACGACGAGGAGCAGAACAAGUACACCAACGAAUCGGGUCAGAAUCUGAUCGAUGAGGCUCCUGUGCCCGCAAAGGAUGAAAAGGAGCAACGUGCCGCCAGGCAGACGAAAUAUCCAUAUCUGGUGGUCCCCAAAAGCAGUCCCUUUGUGACCGAAAAGAUGCUGAUCAACUUCUUUGGGCGUGCGCUCAUUCAGGACUUGGAAUUCCGCCGAACGUCGCGCGUUUACUUUGUUUAUUUUCCCAACAUUGGAUCUCUAGAGGCAGCGCGUCUGAAGGUGGAGCGUUACCCAAACCUGAUCCGCUGCGUAACUGGACGCAGUCAGCGGGAGCGGGAAGGCUUUGUUCCCGAAUCCCUGAGUUCCAAUGAACCAAUGCCAAAACCUGGUCGUGCCUUUUUGGCCACUGAACGCACUCCUAUUGAUCUCGAAACCCGCGAGGUUCCCAUCUCCGCCGGCAGUCAGGAACAUCCCGAGUUCCACCGGCCUCCGCUGGUCACCAAAGCGGACUAUCGCAAAGGAUCGCUGUUGGCCAUUAACGAUACCAUCCAGCGUUAUCUUAAUGUGAAGUAUGAGUUUGCUUUGGAGCGACAUGAUGUCUAUAACUUGAAGGAUGAAACCAGGAUACCGCAGGCUAUACUGCACUUUCGUUCCGGAAGAACCAUUCCCAUACCAAAAAUUGCUGAAGCUACGGAGACUAAAGCCGAAAUUCUGUUAGAAGAUGGCAUCAGCAAAUGCGUCGUCUGCCAGAACUGGACGGAUAACUUCUGUAAGGUUUGCAAGAUGCCCUUCUGCAAUGCCUCCUGUUUCGCAGAUGUGGCCGACCAGCACCGGGAGACCUGCGGCAAGGGAGUGCUCCUCAAGCUCGACGAGAAUGUGGGCCGAAAGUAUCCAAAGCCCGGCUUGCCUCCGUCUGGUUCCAAAGUGAGGAUCACCGCUUUCGAGCAGACUAACGUGGUCUAUGUUCGCUCGGCUGACAUUCAAGUGGACAUUGCCUAUUACUCAGUUCUCACCGAGGUGAUGAUGUUGGGCAAAAGUGCCUUGAAACUGCAGACAAAGCCAGUCGUUGGACAAAUUGUGCUCUACGAGUUUGAGUCUAAGAUCUCCCGCGCCAUGGUGCUCAAUAUAGAUGAUGCUAAAGACAUCUAUGUGGUUUGCAUUGACUUUGGCAGCGUGGAAGUUACGCAGCUGGAAUAUCUGUACGAUUGUAGUGCUUAUUUAGCCAGCCUGCCUUGCUAUCCCGUAGCUGUGCAGUUGCGCGGAGUUCCCCGGCGAUUUGUGGGCCCCAACAUAAGGGAAAUCAUGUACGAACUGGAUCAGUCCUUGGUUUUCGACAUUAAAUACUCGAAGCGCGAAUACGACUACGGCAAGGGCUUGCAAAUCGUGGUAAUGACCGAGACCGAAAUCAAUAGCAGCCUGAACCGUCUUUUCAAGACCAUAAUGACACCCGUGGAGCCGUCGUUGUCGGAACUUGGAUACAAGGAGGAUUGUCUUCCUCAUGUCCCAUUGCCCACUGGAAAAAACAUCGAUUUAGUUGUGAUGGACAACACUUUCCUGAAGUACGGCUUUAUCUACUGCACUGCCAGAGAUCUGGCAUACGAGGUCACCAAAAUGCAGCGGGAUAUUCAGGAGUAUGGCGAAAAGAUAGCCAAGAGCCCAACCUACGCUCCACCGAAAAACGAGCUAUGCAUAGCUAAAUACGAGGGGAAAUGGUGUCGAGGUCUUUCCUUGGAACUAGUGGGCGAUGGUUAUCCCAGCAUUUUGUUCAUCGACUAUGGAAACAUUGUGCCGACCCAUGUCAGCGAUAUACGUGCUUAUCCACCGCAGUUUAUCUUUCCCAUAAUGACUGCAGAACUGGAUUUGAUUGGUUUGCCUGACCAGCUCACCGAUGAUCAGCUCAAGCGGCUGGAGAAUCAUUUUCUAGUAGGAACCACCGUCACCUGCAACGAUAUCUUUUUCAGCGAGGAGGACAAUAACUUUUCCGCUCGCAUUGACAAACUGGAGGAGCUUUUGAAAGGGAACUAAUUUCUCAGAAAUUAGUUUAUAAAAAAUGUAUAGUAGCUAAGAUUAAAAUGAAUAUGAAGUUUUGACUAUUUCAAUUCCAAAAGUUAGGAUCUCUCACUGGAGUUUAAAUCAUUUGAAUAAUUUUCUGUUAUAGCCUUUUUCCUUGAAUAAACCAGUUGAAUACUUUCCAAACCCUCA